CCGUGAUCACAUCCGGUACAUGCGACACACACUCACAUGUUAGCUGCUCCAGCUGUCAGGGCAAGGCGUUUGAAUGAGAAGGAACUGCAGGCAAUCACGGUCCUCUGAAUUGAAAUCCUUCGCUCAAGAUGGCGCUCAUGGGGAUUCAGCUGGUGGUCAGCUUGCUGGCUGCCAGUAUUAUGCAGAGAAUGGCACCCCAUUGCUCCUUUGCCCGCUGGCUUCUGUGUAACGGCAGUUUGUUCCGGUUCAAACACCCUUCGGAAGGGGAGUUGUGUGCGCUGGCUGGGAAGCUCAUUCCCAAGCCCAGCAAGAGAGACAGGAGACAGAAUGGGGAAAAUAAACCUCUCACGGUGCCAAAGGACAUCGACCUUCACCUGGACAAAACUCCUGUCAAUGCCCUUGACGCGCUGGUGUUGCGCUUUUUCCUGGAGUACCAGUGGUUGAUAGACUUUGCCUUGUAUGCGGCUGGGGUGUUCCUGUUCACCGAGAUCUAUGGUACCGUGGUGGACACCAGCAAAGAGGUCAACAUCGGAGCCAUCUGGUGUGUCCUCACCGUGCUGUUUUCCCUGCGGUCUCUGCACACCCUGAUGAGCCACUACUUCCGCUCGGACGAGGGCGGAGAGCGCUCGGUGUGCCUGGCCUUCGGCUUCCUCUCGCUGCUGGUGGCCAUGCUGGUGCUGGUGGUGCGCGAGGACUACCUGGAGUUCGGCCUGGACUCGGGCUUCGCCAGCGCCUUCGACAACCUGGAGGUGUUCGCCAAGCAGCAGGGCUACGCCGACUGGUCAAUCCCUGUAACCAAGCUCACAGUGAAGCUCGGUCUGGCUGCUAUCUGUGCCUUCAUCGGUGCCCUGUUGGCCUUCCCGGGCCUCAGAUUGGCUCAGACUCAUUUGGAUGCUGUCCAGCUGAACUCAGACCGCCCCCUCAUCCAGAUGUGUUUGCAUAUAGGAUUCCUGUCGCCUGUGAUCAUAGUGCUCCUGUGGAUCAAACCCAUCGCCAGAGACUUCCUGGCCAACGCACCGAUGGGGAAGACGUCCAUCACACUGGUGUCCAGUGAGGCCUUCGACAGCGUGCGUCUGUGGGUCAUCGUGACUCUUUGUGUGAUUCGCCUGCUGCUGACUCGCUACCAUCUGCAGGCCUACCUCAACCUGGCCCAGAAGUGGGUGGAGCAGAUGAAGAAGGAGGCGGGCCGCAUCGCCACCAUCGACAUCCAGAGGAAGGUGACCCGCGUGUCCUGCUACCUGACGGUGGUCACCCUGCAGUACCUCAUCCCCAUCCUGAUCAUACUCUUCUCCACGCUGGCCUUCAAGGCCCUGGGCGAGUUCUCCUGGGGGCUGUACCCCGACCAGACCCCCGGGGUCACCCCCGCCCUCUUCAUCCCCACCCCCGCCCCCGUGCUGCCGGUGGUGGGCCUGGAGGACGACGAGGACGGGGCCGAGGACCCGGAGGAGGACAUCCAGGCCACGGUGGCCCGGCUGACGGAGGCCUUCGCCGCGCUGCGCACGGUGCUCACGCCCCUCUUCUUCAGGGGCUUCUUCGCCUUCCUCACCUGGUGGACGGCCGCCUGCCAGGUCAUCAGCUCCCUGUUCGGCAUCUACUUCCACCAGUACCUCAUGCAGAACUGAGGAGCCACGCCCACCCCCUGAGGGCCACGCCCCCCGGAGGACACGCCCCCACUAGAGGACACGCCCCCUGGAAGACACGCCCCUCUGGAGCGCGUGUGUGUGUGUGUGUGUGCGUCGUUGGCAUGUCCCGGACACAUUGGCUUUUGGUUUCCCUUCAGCCCCUGGGUCCACCAGCGAGGAUUAACCAUAGAGAAAAGGUCGUUUCCGCUACUAUGGAGCGGCAUGUUUAUGUUUCAGAUGUUCCUAUGCCCGUGUUAGCCGACCACUAACCGUUAGAUGCUGCAUAGAGAUUUAGCGUGUGGCAAAGUAAGAUGUCCUACUUUGCCUCCUUUGUACAUUUUAAAAGUCUAUUUUUGAGGGAUUUCGUGUCCCGAUAUGACACCGAUUUCAUGAGUGCUCGAAAGCUUUUAGUUUAGGUUGUGUUGCCGUACCACACUAAUCACGAAGCAGCCAUCAGCUUCAGUCACAGCCUGCGCCGUCACACACAGCAGACCACAGCAGGAGUCUGAUUGAAACGGUGGAUGUGGCUGUCCUAUUAAUCCAAGCUACUAAAUAUCAUUUUUUGCCUAAUAACAAAAGUAUUACGAAGCAAAUGGGCCUGUCCAAUGCAAGGGUUCACUCUUUGACUUCUUAAGUGCCUGGGAUCUCAGGGAUUCUAAAUGAUGUGGGUUACCACCGUCCUUUCUGUUUCAUAUCGUUUUGGGAAUGAAAGGUCUCAAGUGUUUUGGUCUCCUUAAACCCAUUCGCUCAGCUUAUUUGAUGCGUUGUUUUGCUACCUUUUUACGUUUUUGAAUGGCACACGUUUUACUUUUAAAUGUGUAUUGCAACACACUCCCUAAACAGAAUUUUUUUUCUUAUGAAUCGGUUAACGUCUGAUAUGGAUUUAAAAAUGGAGGAAAUGGUUUAUUUAUAUAUUUAUACUGCAGCAAAUAACCUUUUUGUUAUUUUCAAAUGCUACUGGAUAUCAUUUUGCGGUACAUUUGCGUGUUCUGUUAGAUUCGUUUCUGUGUGAUUUUUCUCUCGACUGAGACGGAAUGUUAGUUAAAUCGUGUUAAACUGUGACGGGAAAAUAAACACUUUUACAUCAACUUAAGCGUUUUUUUAAGUGCAUGGUGUGUGUGUGCGAGUGUGUGCUUUUGGCUGAAAACACAUUUGUGACGUUUUGUAUGAUUUGUUUUUAUUUUUGUGUGACUUAAAUAAAGUAUUUACUAGUAUUU